GCCUCGCGAUUCCACGUGCAAUUUCCGUGCAAAUUUUCCUUUUGCAGUUCUCGGAACUUUUCCAUAAUUUGCAGUUUCAACGAAACCGACAUAAUCGACCAUGGAGAGGUUGUACAUUCGUGUAUCAAACAAAAGACGUGUUCUAGAUGUGGCAGAUGCGGGUGUCGAAACGAUUGGAGACAUCAAGGAGAUACUUUCCAUCGGAGCCGAUGCGAAGCUUUGGUGUGAGGGCAAAUGGUUGCAAGAUUGGCAGCUGAUCACGGAGCUCACCUCGGACGAAAUCGAUGUAACGCUGCCCCUGCUCGGUGGAAAAGUUCACGGAUCGCUGGCACGAGCCGGCAAGGUGAAGAGCCAAACCCCCAAGGUGCAACACGAGGAUAAGAAAAAGAAGAAACUUACAGGACGAGCCUUGCGGCGCCGCCAAUUCAAUCGCCGUUUCAACAAUCAGGUCGUUUUUGGCAGAUUUGGUAAAAAACCCAAUAGCAACGCUUCGAACAAAAUGAAAUAAAUAAUGAUGG